AUGACACGAAAAUGGUACGGUUUUGAGGACUGUAUUACCAUGGCCGAAAAAAUACAUUGGAUGCGUGGUCUAUUCAUAUACCUCGUCUGUGACCUCAAUGUUGUAGUCAAUGGUUGCGUCAUCCGUGACGAAUUAACAGACAAAUCCGUCGGUAAAACAGUACAGGGACGUCUCGAAUUACUUCUUCCCGUUUGUGCCUCGUUCAUUCAGUCACGUCACACGGAAAUUCCGGAAAAAAUUUCAGCGAAAAUGGCACUCGCUUUUGGUAUGUGUGAGACCCCGGGAUGUAAAACUAUAGCCAGUCUUCAGUGUCCAACUUGCUUGAAACUUGGGAUACAGGGCUCUUAUUUCUGCACUCAGAGGGAACAGGUGGUGAUAAAUCAUCUAAUGAGUACAAUCCAUGGCCUUUUUAUCAUUACACUGGCAAAUUACGUCCUCACAAGAGGGAAUCUCGUCGAGAGGUACCUGAACAUAUCAAACGUCCAGAUUAUGCUACACAUCCAACUGGAUUGUCUGUGAGCGAGCAGUCAAUGCGAGGUUCUGCGCAAAUAAAAAUUCUUGACGACGAAGAAAUCGAGGGAAUGCGAGUGGCUUGCAAGCUUGGGCGAGAAGUUUUGGACGAGGCUGCACGUACCUGUGAUGUAGGUGUUACUACAGCAGAGAUAGAUAGGGCAGUUCAUGAGGCUUGUAUUGAAAGAGACUGCUAUCCAUCUCCGCUGAAUUAUUAUCAAUUUCCAGCUAGUUGUUGCACUUCUGUUAACGAAGUGAUUUGUCACGGUAUUCCUGACACCAGACCACUCCAAGAUGGAGAUAUUUGCAAUGUUGAUGUAACUGUGUAUCAUAAUGGUUUUCAUGGUGACUUAAACGAAACAUUUCUAGUCGGUAAUGUGAAACCCGAAGUAAGAAAAUUAGUCGAAGUUACGCAUGAGUGUUUAUCGAAAGCUAUAGAUAUCGUACGACCUGGCGAAAAAUAUAGGGAAAUUGGAAAUAUUAUACAGAAACAUGCACAAGCGCAUGGAUUCAGUGUAGUACGUAGUUAUUGCGGUCAUGGAAUUCAUCGUUUAUUCCAUACCGCGCCAAGCGUACCCCAUUAUGCUAAAAACAAGGCUGUGGGCGUCAUGAAACCAGGACACUGUUUCACUAUAGAACCAAUGAUAUCUCAAGGUACAUGGAGAGACGAGAUGUGGCCUGAUACUUGGACAGCAGUUACCGCGGAUGGCCAGUGGUCGGCACAGUUCGAACACACGCUACUUGUUACCGAAACUGGUUGCGACAUUCUCACGAAACGACUUACAAAUGAUGGGAAACCGUGGUUUAUGGAUCGAUCAUAGUAGUACUUGCCGUCGUAAAUUGUCGUCAGUUUAUGUCAUUUCAAAUUUUGUGAAUACGUAACUAACUCCAGUCAUGUAUUUCUUCUAAGGUAUUUUUUACUGUACGCCCGUUUUCUUAUUUAAUUUUGUAAAAAACGGGGAGACAAAGCGAAAACGACCCUUGCAGAAAAUAGAAUCUCCCCCCCUAGAUUUUUGUUUAUAACCAAAAUAACUCCUGUACCAUAUGGAUAGAUUACCUCAAUGAUACAUAUGUACAUACAUAUAAGUGUAUAAUUCAGAUUGGUGAUGCGCAAUGACUGAAAUAAAAGGUUGAUUCUGUAAAUCAA